AAUCUCCCCCGUUCCGUAUGCUCUCUUUCGCACGUGCCAUCAUGUGGCCGCAGCGUGCAAAACAGCGAACCUAGAGCCUCCACGUGGCUCUACUCUCUUCCCUUUAUCAUAUUGGGCCUAUAAAUUGAGAAAUCAGCCCUAAAUUUAAAUGGUUCAAAGCCCAAUAAUAGAUGCAAACAAAGAAAUAGAUUUGCUCAAAUUGAAAGAAAAAAAACAUUUGCCCCAAGAGUUAACCCUUUUUCAUUUUCUCCGGCGUAAACCACGGCGGAUGAUGGAGGAGGAGAUUUUGAGAACGAUGUACAUUGCUAUGACGGCGAUCACGGUUCUUUCCUUUCUUUUUGGUAAGUUAGUUUAGUGUAUAUAUGGAGUUUGGUAGUAGUGUAUAUGUGGAGUUUGGUAGUGUGACAUAAAUGAAGUAUCAAUGUAAGAACCAGUGUCACUGUGUCAGGACUCAGGAUCUUAGAUAAUAUGCUUGGACCUAAUAAAAAAGAUCAUUAAUGAUCAUCCUUGACAUUUAGAGAUCCUUUGCUUAACAUGUUUAAUCAUGUAGACUUUUAAUGGGUUACUACUUCAGCUGGCAGCUGGCACAUUAAUCAUAUACUUACCGCAUAUAGUUAUAUUUUUUUCUAAAUCAAAAUUUUUGAGUUAUUUAAGCAAAUUAGUUAAAACAAGAGUUACUUUUAAACUUUGAGUUUACUAAUUUAGAAAUAAAUUUGUAUUUUUUUACUAAAUUACUAUACUCAUCACUUUUAUAUCACUUACAAAAUUUUCAAAUUAUGUUAUUCAUAAUUAUUAUUUACAAUUUUUAAAGUUCUGAUAUGUCAUAGCAUAUACUUUUUGGUUUAAUAUAGAUUAAAAAAUCGAUAGAGAGAGAGCCCUAGAUCUGUUUACCCCCUAUUUCUCCUCUCCUGUGUUUCACUCCCUGAGUCGUUUUCUCUGAUCACUGAGAGAGAGAGAGAGAGAGAGAGUCCUUUUUUUUUACCAUCUUUUUAUUCUCCUCAGAUAUUCUCCUUCUUCUUCUCUCCAGACAAGAAGCCCAAAACGACAACGUUUAACAUCCAAACACCAGUAAAACGCUUUCGUACCUUCUUCCUCUUCGUCAUCCUCUCUGUUUAACCGAUUUAGAUUUUUUCCCUCACAAUGCCCUAAAAAAAAAUCUCAAAUCAACACCACUUUUCAAAUUAAACCCUAAUUUCAAUCUUCUUGAUGGCUUCCUCCGCCGAUAUCGUCCCUGACCGAUCUUCCCCCGGGAACCACCGCUCUCCCGCCGACGACGACGCUUCUCCGGUCGCCGGUACCAAAAUUCCGGCGGAGCUCAGGAGAACGAGGCCUUCGCGCGCCUGCACUGUUAGGGCGCAGCAGCGGCUCCAGGAGCAGCAAGCGGCGGAGAGAAAGGUCAGGCCUUUGAAGAAGGAGUGUAAACGGAGGGAAGAAGAGGUUGAGGAGGAAGAUGAUGAUGAUGAUGAUGAGGAGGAGGAGGAGGAAGAUGAGAAUCAUCAGCGGCAAUGCGUUGGAGGAGGAGGAAGUUCAGGCAAAAGCAAAAUCGUUACUUCGCUUGUCCCGCCACCGGAGCCUUCGCAGAUGCCGCGGUGGAAUCUUAGGUCUAUGUGGGAACUUGCUUCCGUACUCAACUUCUUGCAUGUUUUUAGACCGCUUUUGAAGAUCAAUGCGGAGUUUUCAGCUGAGGAGUUUGAGACGGCUUUGCUGAAUCCUAACGAUACUUUAAGUGACAUUCAUAUUCCUCUUCUAAAGGCCAUUCCUCCUGUAACUAGAACGGCCCUCACACGUGAUACCUGGGUCACUGUCCUGUGCAGAAAAAUUAGAGAUUCCUGGCAUUGGGUCGCAGAAGGGGACCUUCCAAUUAUUGCCUCGCAAGGGCGGGAGAUUGAAGUGUACAAAUCUCUUGAUCCAGCCAUUCGUGUGGUGAUUUUGAAAGCUUUAUGUGAUAUUCGUGUUGAGCAAGAGGAUAUCAGGAGCUACAUUGAGAAUUCACUAAAAACUGGUGUUCAUGUGUCAGCAUUUCGCAAAGAUCGCGUUGGGGGUGAUUCACAUGGAGUUAAUUUUUGGUAUGAGGAUGAUCCCUUAGUUGGUCACCGUUUAUAUCGGGAAAUAAGGAAAGCAGAGGUGGUUAAGGUCAGAACGAAGGGUUCCAAGAUUCUUCCUAACGUAACAUACCAAUGGGAAACUGUUGCCACUAAUUUUGAUGAAUUCCAAGAUGUUUCUGAGAAACUUAAUUCAAGUAGUAGUAGAAUUGAGAUUUCUCUAGGGAAGAAGUUAACGAGAGAUAUGCUUCCUGAGAUAGAAAAAGAACACAAGAGGAAAGAAAAAUUGUUGAAAAAGCAACAUAGACAGGCUCUUCUCCUGGAUAACUAUUUGGUUGUUGACGGUCUUGGCGCUGGCCGUUCUCUCCGUGACAGGAAGCCAGUUAGAUACACUUUUGAUGAUUAUGAUAGGUCGAUAAAUGAAGCAAUCAAGAUAACAAAGAAGAAACAUCCAUCACCAGAAGAACCUUUCCUUCACAGAAGAGAAUCAGCCAGGUUGGAUGCGCUUGCGAAUGGCAGUUCGACAAGUUCAGCCCACCUUACUGAACCUGUGAACGAUACAGCAUCUGCGGGAUCUUCUGAUUUUGCUGAUUCUGAUGAGUUCGAUGAGCAGAGAGAUGAAUCCAUGGACAAAAGGCAAGAGACAGCGCGCAGACAACGGCCCCAGAGGUAUUCAGCUACGGACUUUGUUGAAACUGUUUCAGACAAUGAUGCAGGAUUCGAGAGCGAUGAUGACAUUGUUGGGGAAGCAGUUUAUGAUGAAGAGUAUCUUAGGAAGCGCAAACGGAAGAAGAUAUCUAGUGGUUCUGAGGGAGAGGAGGAAAACGGGGAUGAAGAGUACAAAUGGGAUGAAGACAAUGCUGAGUACGAGGAAGAGGAAGAAGAAGAAGAGGAUGAUGAAGAUUCUCAAAGUAGCAGCGAAGAAGAUAGCGAUGAACCCCGGAGAGGUAAGAAAAUGCCACGGAGAGAAGCUAAGUCAAGAUCAAGACCAAGGUCAAAUGAUUACCGGACAGGUCUGAGACGUAGUAAAAGAGCCACAAGAAUCGAUUACCAACAAUAUGAGUUCUCGGAAUCAGACAAAGAAGUAACAGGGGUGGCUAAACGGAAACGAUUGGUUGAGCCAGAUGAACAUUCCGAUGAAUCAGGGAAUGGGAACUUCACAAUGGGAAGUGAGGACUCGGAAGAAAAGGCAAAUGACCAUGAAUCAGAAUCUCCUGAUGAAGAAGUAGAAGAAGAGACCAGAGAAGUCAAUGACAAUGCAGAGAAAACAAAUGGCACAGAGGAUAAUAAUCAAGUGAACAAGUCAAACGGCACAGACCAAGAAGAAGUUGAGGGUGCAGUAGGCAAAAGGCAUUACCUCGAUUUAAACGAGCUUGCUCCUGUAUCUGGUUUUGAUGAUGGUCCAAGUACAGCUUUGAAGGAUGAUGAUAAGACAGACAACUUAUAAUCAAAGACAUAGAGACCGUCUUAAAGCUCCCUCUGUAAACAAGAUAUUUACGAGUUAUUUCUGGCAGAAACCUCUUCAGUUGAACGGUAAUCUGCAUUCAAGCAUAUAUAUAUGCCUUCUAGUUUUUAGGUUAUCAGGCAAACACGGCUGAUAAGUGAAGUGGAGAGGUCUCUUCUGUGUAGAUUAGUUUAGUCAUUUUGUUCUUACCCUGAAAGGGAAACAAUGAAGAGGGUGAACCAGAGAUUCCUACAAGCUGUUGGUUAUGGAAUUAUUAUUAGUGUACAAUUAACUUUUGUAUUUAACCAUAUGAACACGUUCAGGGUC